AGGGCCGCGGCGGCCUGGCGCCUGCUGCCUCGUCCGCCGCCCGGCUGGGACUCGAGGGGGCCCGGGCGGGCUGGGGAGGGGAGGGGGGGGGGCUGGCGGCGGUGCUGAGGGAGGGCCGGGGCCGGGGGGCCGAGGGACGCGGCCGAAGGGCCCCCUGCCCUUAGCGUCACCCCCGCUCCCUCCCCCACGCGGGGCGGCCGCGCCCGGACGCCUGGGCCCUCCCCUCCCCCAACCGCGGGAAGCGGGGUGCUGCCCCCCCCCCACACCCACCCACUCCCCCGGCCCCAGCAGGGGGGUGUCGGUUUGGCCCGUGGGGUGGGCUGGGAGUUGGGGGGGGGGGCGGAGAGGGGUGUUAGCAUGAGACCCCCCGGUGCGGGCCGGGGCGCCGGCGGGGGUCGGCGGUGAGCGGGGCCGCUCCGCCAUGGCGGCGGCGCCCCCCGGGCGGCGGGGAGCGGCGCUGGGCGGGCUGCCGGGCCUCGAGCAUCGCCUGGAGCCCGGGGACACGCUGGCGGGCCUGGCGCUGCGCUACGGCGUCACGAUGGAGCAGAUCAAACGUGCCAACCGCCUCUACACCUCUGACACCAUUUUCCUCAAACCGACGCUCCUUAUCCCUGGGCAACUGGGCCCUGAGGAAGAGGAGGAGGAGGAGGAGGGAGCCGUGGGCCCGGCCUGCCCCGCCACGUCCCGCCACGACCUCUCCGCCACCGAUUUCCUCCGGCAGAUCGAUGCCGAGAUCCGCCUGUCCAAGGCCGCCGCAACUCGCCAGCUUCGCGAGGGCGACGCGGGCAGCGUCGCCGAGGCCGAAGGCACCCGGACGCCUGACCCAGGGGCCCGCUCGGCACCCCAGGGUGCCCGGCGCGCCCUGCUCGGCCCCCGGCCCCUCACCAGGACGCCGCGGGCAGCCGCCCUGCGCGAUGCCGAGGACGAGAUCUUCACGCUGUGACGGGGCACCCUGGAGACGCCCCGACAGGUCGGGGACGCCCCCAGCCCCGGCACCCAGCUCCAGAUGCUUGGGUUAGCAGCCACAGGGCCUGGGGGGCUCUGGGAGGCACUGGAAAAUACUGGGAGGUGCUAGGGCAAGGCCACGCGGGGCUGGAUUUACCAGCCGACGUUUUUCCCCCCGAUCGUAUUUAUUGGUGUAUUUUUGUUCCUGGUUUUUUGGGGGGAGCCCGUUUUCCUCCGUGCCAGCACCUGGACCCCAGUGAGUUUGGGGUCUCCUAGGGAUGGGGAUGGGGUCUGUCACCCCCUUUGCCUUCCCCCUUCUCCCCUGAGCCUGUAAAUAAAAGGGAGCACUGUCA